AUGUGUCUCGCCAGAAAUGGAAAUCUAAUCAAUCACAUUGCGAAUGGAAAGCGUCAGCGACGACCAGAACGGCAUUCAAUGCGAGAUUAUGCGAUGCAGACGUAUCAUUCCAAAUUGGAAGACGUUGGGGAACGUGCUUUGAUAUCCGUACUGCUUGAGGCUUGGUCACAGGAUCACUCUGUUCCAUCGCAACGGCUACCACGUGGAUGGGCUUUACCCAAGGAAAGAACUCAGACUCGUUUGAAUCCCGUUCAAAUUCGUUAUCUAACCGACAAAUUCGAUCAGGGCUUAAAAGAGAAAAUUCGCUGGAAACCAGAAGAGAUGGCUGCUGAAAUGCAGCAGUAA